CUCACGCUUCUUCUUCUUCCUUCAGCCUUGGCGAGCAGCAGUUCCUUCGAGCCAUUUUCGUCCAUCUACUGUACCCAUCCAUAGUCCAUACGAUUGAGGUUAUUUAGCAUUGUUUGAGAAAUGGAUAAAAGUUGGAUUAGAAUGAAUAGAACAUCCGCACAAUAUAUAGCGGGAAUUCAAGCAUUUCUAGAUUUUGCUUUUGCCAAUGCUGGGAAUAGUAAAGUGAUUGUUUGUCCCUGCAAACGUUGUGUGCUUGGGCACAAUCGCUGGUUUAAUAGAGAUGAGGUGACACAUCACCUCAUGUUCUAUGGAUUUUUGCCUAACUACACUGAUUGGGUGCAUCAUGGGGAAGAGGAAAUAUUCGGCAUGGAGUUCAGAUCUUUAAGCAUGCCCAACAAGAAGACCGGUGCGUCUUCUUCUGCUGGUCCGCGUCCCUCUCCCCCCAAAACUAAGUCGGUCCAACAGGAAACUUUUGAGAUCAUCGAUGAGGAGGAAACUCCUCAGACCGGGGGAGCCACGGCGAAUCCUCCCCCUAACAAGGGGAAGGGGAAGAGCCGGACCAAGAAGGUGGCCACCACCCACCCGUCGGCGAAGAGGAAAAGGGGAGAGAACGCCCCGGCUGCCGAAUCGCUGGAAGAGCUCUGGGUCAAGAUGGGGCUCAGGCUGAAAGAGAUUGGUGAAGUGGGGCCGGACGCCCUGGAGGAGUUUUCUAAGGGUCCCCCCUCCCCGUCAUCUGAGCUGGACGAGAAGCUAAAGAAAGCUGAGGCCCACAAUCGGGAACUCCAGGAAUUGACGGCCCGACAGCUCGAUGAGAUGGCCAACCUCUCUAGAAUGGCCGGGGCGGCGAACGCGGAGAUCCUCCGGCUGAAUGAGGAAAACUCGCAGCUGAUGGGGGAGGUCUCCCAUCUGAAGGAGGAGGCUGAGCGGAAGGAGCAAGAGCUGCCCGGGAGAGCCCGGCAGUGGAUGGAGGAGAAUCUUGUGGAAGCUGUCCGGGUGCUCACCUCUACUCCAGAAAGGACCAUGGAGGGCUUCAAGCUGCUGUACCGAGAGGAGCAUGGAAAACAGAUGAUCACUGCAGUAGGCUCCUUUGGCUUCAUGUCAGGCCAGAAGAGGGACCGGGAGGCAACCCAUGAAAUUUUGGCUGACCGGGAUCCGGACUUCAACGCCAAAUCAUACGGCCUGGCCCCCAUCCCGGAUGAAGAGCCUUCUCCCCCUUUCCCCUUAAGCUAGAUCUCUCCGGCUGCGCCCGGUUAACAUUUGUAAUAUUUUAAAACUUAUCUAUUUUCUUGGGGAUGUCCAGAGCAUUUUGUAAACAUGCAACAUUUAUUUUAAUAUUAAUGUCAUGUUUAUUUUUUUGCUCGGUUACCUUCGCCCUUUGAAUAUUCUUGCUUGAUAUUCUGCUUUUGUUCCUUAGGAUGUCUUCGUAGGAACUUUAUCU